UGCAUCUGCAGGCCGCUUCCCUUCCCCAGGGGCCGGGGUGAGGAAGGCAAACGCAUCUGCCUUUCUGGAGCGCCACUUUCCGCGGGCUUGGCCCGGCCGGGGCGCAGCGCGCGCGCUGCCCUCGCACAAUUCCCGGCCCCGGCCGCGGAGCUGCGCUUUGCACAAGUCGCCCCUCCCCGCGCGGGAUUUUGCUAAGUGGAGACGUCUGUGGUUUGCGCGCACGAAUCGGCCCCUGCCGACGGGAAGCCGGCCGCGGGCCUGCAGCCGGUGGGCGGAGAGAAGCGCGCCCGGGCCCCGGGCCGCGGCGGAGGAGAGGCGGUGAGCGUGCGGGGACGGGCUGGGAACCCCGCUGUGCGCGGGCGGGCAGAUGGCGGUGGUGCUCACAGUCCCCAGGCCCGGUGUGAAUGGGCCCGGCCCCUGCACCGGACGCCUGCAAAAAUGAACGAGUGGGCGCCCAUAGCGAAAGAGUAUGACCCCCUCAAAGCAGGGAGCAUUGAUGGCACAGAUGAAGAGCCCCAUGACCGUGCCAUUUGGAGGGCCAUGUUGGCACGGUACAUACCUAAUAAGGGGGUUACAGGAGAUCCCCACCUCACUCUGUUUGUAGCAAGACUGAAUCUACAAACCACAGAGGAGAAGCUGAAGGAAGCCUUUUCCAGGUAUGGAGACAUUAGGAAGAUUCGUCUGGUUAGAGACUUGGUCACAGGUUUUUCCAAGGGCUAUGCGUUUAUAGAGUACAAAGAGGAACGUUCGCUCUUGAAAGCCCAUAGAGAUGCCAACAGGCUGGUUAUUGACCAGCAUGAGAUAUUUGUGGACUUCGAGCUGGAAAGGACCCUCAAAGGAUGGAUCCCUCGGAGACUUGGAGGUGGUUUUGGAGGCAAGAAGGAAUCCGGGCAGCUGCGGUUUGGAGGGCGGGACAGGCCUUUCCGAAAGCCCAUCAAUUUGCCAACUAUGAAAAGUGACUUCUAUGGAGAGGGGUCAGUGGAGAAAAGAGAGAGGAGCUGGUCUCGUGAGGGAGCGAGGGACUGGAGAGCAAGGGACCGAGACCCUGAAAGGAACCGAGACAAGAGAUGGCUGGAAAGGGAGCGAUCGUGGGCUUGGGGUGAAAGCAACCGGGAAAGAGAGCGGGAUUCCAAAGAGGAAAGGAGCAGAGGAAGAGAGAGGAAGGACAGAGAGAGAAAAGACAGGGAAAGAGACCGGAGCAGGGAGAGAGACCCUAAGAAGCAGAGAGAUGAUGACAAACAUCGGUAGAAGAAAGUUCCGUUAAGCUGAACACCCAUGAACUGUGGGGAAGUUUACAGCCAGACCCCUCCAAAACCUUCUGAUUCAAACAACCCUGAACUGAGGUCAGGUUCUAAUCCAGGCAUGGGCCCGCCUCUGGUUUAAGAAAGCUCUGAGCACAGAUUCAACCUGUGGCUUUGCUGCGUGCUUCCAGCCUGCAAGGAGUCCUGCUAAUCACCUGGAACUAGAUCCUCAGCGGGUGUAAAAUUGGAUAGAGCCACUGUCUUCACCAAAGCUGGGCCAGCCAAGCAGCUGGCCCAUUGUCUCUGGUUUAUUGUCCUUCAGGUAAUUUCUAUGGUGGUUUUGCCAGAAAGAGGGGACAAUGACUCCUGCAGUAACCUGUACCUGUGUUGAGUUGUGGCUCUCUUAUUUACAGAGCUUUUGUUCUCUGUCUCAUGUAUUAUGUGGUAUCUGCCUUUUCUUUGGUUUGAUUCCCCACCCCCACCUUGUUAAAUUUAAAAUGUAAAUUGUUCUUUGUGUGCAAGCAAAUCUUCCUGUAGGUGUAUUCUAAGUAUGCAGUGACUGUCUCCUUUCUUUCUGGAGGUCAGGACUGUAGCAGGAUUCCUUAACAUGGUUCAAACCAUUCUAUACAGGCAAGGCCAACAUCUCUUAUAAACAGGACAGAGCCUCAGUUCUGUUAUGACAUGAUUCCCCCUUACUCAGUAGUUUACCUCUAUAGAUGGGCCCUUAUCCUGCGUUAGAUUCAGCAUAGCCCUCCCCCACUCACUCAGCUUGGAGCUGAGUGAGCUGCAGCUGGCAUUGGUAUUAUAGUCCCAGCCUUCCAGAUAUUGACAGGAGUCCUGCAGGAAAAAGAGGAGAGCCAGAACUGGGCAUUCACAGCAAAAGUGUUGGAAGGCAGAUCUUAAGACACAGCCAAUUAUUUUAUUUGUUGCUCUUCAGAGGUUUUCUUUAAGCAAAGUCUCAUUAAUGUGUUUUAUAGAGCGGAGUGGAGGGGUAGCAGGAUCUGGGAAAUAACAAAAGUAUUGGAAAGCACACAGUAUUGCAUUUACUGCAUCUGAUGGUAUCGGGCUCUAUGUAGUUCCAUUUCUAAGAACGUUAAGGAACCAGUAAUUACUGUUUGCUAUGGGUUCUCUAUUAUACUUUGCUGCGGGGAGACCCAAUGGAAUGUACAAGUUGUAUGUACCUAUGAAAAUAAAAAGGAAAUGUUUUUAAAAAAA